UGUAUUAUUCAUUACAGUGUCACAUGGUUUGGGGGUUUACAUCAUCUUUUCCCAAAAGAGAGAUGCAAUGGUUAACUGUUGAAUCUACCCUGUGUGGUUUUGUUGUAGGGUGUUCUGGGACAUUGUGUUCCCUAUUGUUAUCUUUUUUUAAACUGUAAAAGAUGCAGUUUGCAUUAUUUUUUCAAUUUAUGAUUAUCCCACUAGCAUUGGAUAUGAAACACAUGCAUUCAUAUUCAGAACAAUAGCCAGCUGUGGCCACAAAACAUAUAUCAUAGAAGGAGAAUUUGCAGCCUUUAUAAUAAAACUGCGGAAUUAAAAAACAAGCGGAACUAAUGUUCAGCAGCGUUGUUCCUCGUCGGACGGUUAAUAGUGCAGGACACGUGCUUGUUUAUGCUUAUGUACCGAGUUAGCCUUCUCUUUCGUGGUCUGUAUAGCGACCAAAAAAACUACAACAACGCUUCAUAACAUUUUAAAGUUAUAUUUUGUCAAGAAUGAUUGAGAAAUAUGGCCGAGGACGAGCUUGCUGCGUUCAGGGAGCGUUGGAAAGAAGAGUUUACGAGCAAUAAAGAGGAGCAGCGACUUGUUUGUGCUCCUUCUUUGGAGGUUCCUGGUCAAUCAGGCCAGAGAGACUUGAAAAAGAAGUAUUUUGAAAACUUGAAACAUCUCAACGAGGCCUGCAGUCCUUCAAAACAAGAAGAGGGAGGCUGCAGAGAGGAUGAAGCAUGUGCAGAAGGUGGAGCAGAACCAGAGGACCAGCCUGAGUAUGUGUCCAUUGCACGUAGUUUGCUGGAUGGGAGGACCAGUCCCCUGCUGGACAGGAUCCAGGAGGAGAGAACCAGGAGGAAGAGGCUGUAUCAAAACAUGACCAGUGUGUGCAGCACAUCCCUGCAGCAGCAGCAGCAGCAGCCUAAGAGAAAAGUGAAGAAAGACAAGGAGCUGCUGGAUCAACUCAUCCAAGACCUGAAUGAAGUCAAUGACAUUCCCUUCUUUGACAUUGAGUUGCCGUACGAGUUAGCCCUGAAGAUCUUCCAGUACCUGGACUGUACUGGGCUGGGCCGAUGUGCACAGGUGAGCAGGGCAUGGAGAGUCCUUGCGGAGGACGGCGUUCUGUGGUUCAGGAUGUGCACGGCGGAGGGUUACCACCACGAUGCCAGCGUGUCUGUCCCCUGCUGGAAGAGCACGCUGCGAGACUGCAGGAACUCGGCCAAAACCGUGCGCUCCAACUGGAAGAAUCGAGUGGGAUCCAUCAGCCAGCUGCAGUUCGAGCUGGGGAAAGUGCUGUGUGACGUCAGCUGCUGUGACAACUUUGUCUUGGCUGGGUACACGUCUGGUGAUGUGAGGCUGUGGGAUACGCUGCACUGGGACUCCACAGCCUCCUACCUGAAGAUCAACAGCCUGUCGUCUAACUCCAACCCCAGGCCUUAUGUCAGUCACGUCCAGGUCAACGGCUCAGUGGCUGCUGCUGCGUAUGAAGAUGGCUGUGUGGACCUGUGGAGCACAGAGACGGGUGGAGAGCCCAUCCACCACUACCAGAGCCCCGGGGGGAUCCAGGUCCUGGCCCUGAGCCCCGACAGUCCCGUCCUGGGCUCCGCCGCUGGGCCUGACGUCCGGCUGGUCGGUGCCGAUGAUCGCGGCUACUGGAGAACACUCUGCCAGGCUCAGCUACCCAAGACUGUAGACAGCCUGGUUCUGGUGCCAGGCAGAGGGCAGCAGUGCCCGCUGGCCGCUCUGACAGCUGGAGAGGCCGUGCACCUGUUGGACCCCCGGGAGGCGGAGCCACAGACGCUCCACUCGGUCUACGAUCAUCCCGUCACCUGUCUGGAUGCCUCUGACUCGCAUGUUGCUUUUGGAGUGAAGCGCACGGGCUGGGCCAUGCACGACGGAGGAAACAAGAUCCACGUCUACAGCCUAGAGACGUGCAAACCUGUGGCUUGUGUCGGCGACUCGCUGGGAGAUUUCACUUGCAUCAACCUGAGAGACAGCCCGCCUCACCUGCUGGUGUGCGGAAACAAAGACAGGAGGGUGAGGGUGUUCGACCUACGAGCCGGCUCCUCCGUGGCGUCCCUGUACGCCCACCACCUGGGUGUCACCUCGGUGCAGGCGGACGACUGGAAGGUGGUGAGCGGCGGAGGCGAAGGAUUGGUGUGCGUGUGGGAGAUGAGGAUGGGAGCGAAGCUGUGGGAGAUGCACAACAGGCAUCCUGUACGGCUCGUACGCUUCAACACCAGCACCCUGGUAACGGCCAACAUCCCCGAUGACAAGUCGCCAAGGGGGGCCUGCAUCACAGACGAUGACCUCACAGCUCACCGCAGACACAGGGGAGUCAUCUGCCAUUACGACUUCUCUGAGGAUGCGUUGUCUCAGGAUCACAUCCUGCCCAUCUGCAGGUCCGACUACAUCGAGUCCUCCGGCUACAACUACAACAUCGGCCUGGCGGUUCCUUACGACAGGCUGCCCGGCUCCCAUCCAUCCAUCUGACACGCAGGUUUCUAAACUGCACCUGGGCUCAGUGAGUGACUGAACGGACAAUAGAAACUUUUACCCCCUGAUCAGUUUGAUUCUCCAAACGGUAUCCUUUUAUUUAAAUACUUUCCUUUCAUCAUGCUAGUCAAAUCAAGCUUCUUAGGAAUUUAUUUUUCCCAAUGUAAACGAUCUGUAACUUUUGUAUUUGUAAUUUACAAUGUGGAAGAUGUUACACAGGAUCACAGUCCUGUAAACCAUUACUGUAUAAUUAAUGCAUUUGUAUAUGAUAGCUGUCUGGAUUUGAUUCAGUGCUGCUGUGAAACAUUACAGCAAUAAAAAAAAAAAAAGGCAUAUUUUUUACCUAAAUAAGAUUCUUCUUGGUACAUUUGUUAUUGGUGUCCUUAAAAACAAAAUUGUACACUUUUAUCAUAAUUUAUAAAUUUAUUUUGUUCAUUAAUACAAUUCAGUACAAAUUCUGUAAUAAUUCAUCUCAUAGAAAGUGUUAGAUUUACUCAGUAGUGAUCAAAAAAAGGUGGAUUUUCACAGCAGUUGGUUGGUUACAUAUCAUCUCAGCAGAAUAGAGUAAAUUGAACCUGUAACCAUUCUGGAGCUUCAUAGGACUGGUAUGUGCAUGCAGUCUCACUCUUUGGACAUGAGCCAGAACAGAUGACCCCAUGAAUGCCAGAACAGCCACUGAUCAUGACCGACUUCAUCUAACAAG